GUGAUAGACCACCGGCCUUUUCAUGGACAUCUUCCGGAUCAGCCAUGGUUCAUUCAGUGGGCUUGUCGGUGUUCGUUGCGAUGACGAGGCUGCUGAAAUCUUCCAAAAUGCCAAGAAUCUGGCGCAGGCUUUGCUUGGAUUAGCUUCUCCCGGUGAUGCGACGGCCUCACAGCCCAAAGAGAUCCAGGAAUAUUUGAAGUCCGUGGGUCAUGGCGACUUCCCCUGGCAGUAUCUUGAAGCAUCAGGGGCCCGGGGUCUGGGCUUAGGCAGCAACCGGCGGAGAUGUAGCCGGGCUGCUUUUCUAGCCUUAGCCUUGUACAAAGCUUCUGCAGAAUGCCCAGACUACUUGGUGCCUGAAAUCCUGAAAGGUCCUUUGUCCGUUCUCAGCACAGCAAUUGACCUGGAAGCACCGAAAAGAACUGCUUGGGAGAAGCAGCUUGGGCCUCAGAAUGGGCCUGUGGCGGACUUUCAGCAGAUGUUUGAAGCAGCUUGGAAUGCCUGUGUGGAGUGGCUAGAGGGUCACAAGUUGGAUGAUAUGCCAGGCAUUUUGGAAUUGCAUCAUGUAGAGGCUCUCAAAAGAGCUGGGUGUGAAAUUGGUCGCAAGAAAGCGCACAACAUACUCAUGGCUGCCAGAGGACUGAUGAUGACAGAGCUACAAACCUCCAGCGAAGACGUUCUCCAGAAGAGCCUGGCGGGCCGCCCCUGGCAAGCCAUUGUCGCUGGCAGCGCGGAUAAAAUCAGAACCGAGCUGGUUGGACCUGGAAUUAAGGACUUUCACCUUGAGAUGCGGAGAAGGGAGCGUUGUCCUUAUACUCGUGACCCGAUGGCCGUAUUUGUGGCUGUACAUUCAGAUGGUCAAAAAGUCAUUCAUCAUCCUCAUGCCCACAAGGAUGAACCACUUCGCUUUGAAGAUGAAGAAGGAACGACAUUUCAACGUCCGCCAGACAAAGAUGAGAUUGUUAGAGCAUUUCGCCUGGCUACAGCUUGGUCUGUGAAGAAGAGGUGGACAGCUUUUCAAACAGGCGUUUUUCAAGACAUUUUGAAGCGCUUCAAGGAAACUGAGCGCUCAGAAGGCUUCUCCAUCAGUGAUUUCAAACCUGGAACUCGUGUUCAAGCAUGGGAGCUCUCUCCCGAACUGAAGUUGGACUUCCUGAAGUUUUUGCAAUGCGGCUGUGCCCGUUCCAGUCACUCGGAGCUCGUCAACGAGGAUGAGGUCACUCCGAUGGCCGCCUGCAGCAGCUCAGACCAAGAUGCUGUCGGUUCUCAUCCAGGCGCUUGGGAAAGUUGGGACAAAGAUUCCUUCUGGAGGAAUGGAAAUUCUUGGUGGAAUGAUUCUUCUUGGCAUGGAUGGCAAAGUUCAUCUUGGCAUUCCUCUUCAGGCUCAUUGCAGUGGACAGGAUCAUGGACAGGAUCAUGGAAACAGUCUGAUGAGUCUUGGCAAGCGUCGGAUGAGUGGGAAGAGGAUGAGGACCUCAACAGCCUUCACAAGGAAGCAUUGUCCAAUUUGGGAUUCACCAGCACGAGCGCUGAGGAGAACAUAGAGAACAUGCAGUCUGUGAUGAUCAACGAGUUUCUCCGAACCGAGUUUGAAGGAUCAAGUCGUCUUCUGGCCGGUUUGGAUCCUGCUCGUGAUGAAACAGCCGUGCGUACCUAUGCAAGCUUGAUCCGCGAGAUUGAAGUGUCGCAAUUGCGCUACAGCCAUGGCAAUAUCUCGAGGAAGUUUUUGCAUGGUGAACACAGAGGCAUGGACAUCGAAAGCCUAACCCAGCAGCUGUACCAUGGCGAGCUGCAGACCACAGAGGUGAAACCUUUAGUUGGGGUGAACUGGAAAGGUGCUGUGUGGGUGAUAUGUGGGAAUCGUCGCUGUCAUGCCAUGAAGUUGUAUGUUGAGUGGCUUGGACCGCGACGUCCCAUGCCCAAAGCGAGGGUCAUUCUGCACGAUUUCCCUAGGCUUUCGGGAAUUCAAGAUGAACAAGUGCGAUGGGCCUUCAUGCUGAAAGCUGUCUCAUCCAUGAACACUCGAAGUGAAGGCCGUCACGUGCAGGUCCGCAGGAGAUUUCGCUGAGAUCACGGAGCGAGCUUGCGACAGAGA